GUACUUUUCACUUCACAUAGCAUCCAUUGAACAAUUUGAUUUUGAGAUUAUUCAUCCGUGAUACCUGUAGUCACGGUCAACACAUCUACAGCCUCUCAAAAACCUGUUCAAUCAAUUAAAAUACAGUCUAAAUUCGAGGCUCAAGGCAUAAGAUCAGAGAGGUUUACUGAACUUGAUAAUAUUGUUUGAUAUUUUAUUACUUAGACGAUCGGCUACUAGCAUAAAUUCGGUGCCUUACAUGAUGGUUGAGAGCAUUAUAGACAGACGAGUUCGCCGUGGUCGCGUGGAGUACCGUGUUAGAUGGAAGGGGUUUCCUCCGGAGCAAGAUUCUUGGGAACCCUUCACCAGUCUUCGCGAACCAUGCCUUUCAUUAAUUCAAGACUUUCACAUCCGUUACCGCAAACUUCAUCAUGGAAAAAGGCGUUACUCUCUACCCUUGGUUUCUCGUAGUAAGCUUUUGAAGUGUGAAACAGAUGAAUUUCAUGAAAUGUCUGUAAAAUUAGAAAAAGAUAGCGAUGACGACUUAGCUGCAGACAAGAGCAGUAUUUCGUCUACCAAAAGCCAACCACCUCCACUUCCUUUUAAGUUAGGUAAGAGAAAUACUGUACGGCCAACGUCGCGUCGUUCUGCUCCAAGUUCAGUAGCCUUAAGUUCGACUAGUUUCUUUUCGUUACAACCGGGAACUUAUUCUGGUCACUCGUCAUCCCUUCCGAGUUCUGAGUCCAGUGUUUCUCAAACACCAUUAGUCUGCGAUCCAGGUGCGUUGUUGAACAUCCCAACACUUGACCGUUCAGAUCAUACGGUACACCCAGAUAAUGGUUGGGUUCCCUGUGAAGUUUCUGGUGCUUCAACUGGUUCACUAUCUAGUCCUAAUACAAUUCAGGCUGAAGAUGACUGUAAAGUUCCCAUGGAUAAAGUUCCUGUUGUCGGACUUUCUAAAAAUAACUGCGGAGAUACUUCACAACGAUUACAAAAAACAUCAAGAUCACUUCCUGACCGAUCAAACCGUAAUACUCCCAAGUCGAGCAAACGCAAAUUGCAGCCCAAUGAUGGUGCUGGUAAACAAAAUGAUUCAGCAUCUGCAAAUCAGCAAGUCUCUCAAAACUUCCUGAAGGGAGAUAAGAAUGUAGGCAAUUUCACUACCUCUGAUACCCAAGAAAAUUCUAUCCUCGGGCAAACACGUAAAUCUGUUACGAUUAUGCUAAAGGCUUCUCCCACACAUGAGUUUCAGAGCACUAGAUCUCUCCACCGCAGUAAUUCACCAAACUCUAAAUCUCUUCCUACUACUGCCUCUAAACCGGUUUCCAAAAAGCGUGUUCAGCCUACUAGUGCAACUUCAAAGCCAGAACUAGAUGUUGAUGCUUCCGAAUCCCUACCAUCACGUGAAGAUCAAUCUCUCAUAUCUGAUUCUAUCAUAUCAAAAGUCAUGAAUAUCGUUGUUCAUCUGAAAAACUUAAGAAGACGCCCUGUACAAGAGAUUGUCCUGGCACUUUGCCAAAAGCACCAUAGUAUUCCUGAAAGCCUCGUUUUAUCUUCUCUAGACAUCUUAGUUACACGAGGUCACUUACACCGUGUUGAGUCAGCCAAGGGUAUAUCUUAUCGUUCCAACCCUUUUGUUGUGGCUCGGGGAGACCUAAAGAAACCUGCAUCUCUAUCAGCCAAAAUUAAAGCCAAAUAUAAUGGUGGAGUGAAUGGAAAACGACCCAAGUGCACGACGUCUGCUGUACCUGAGCCUAAACGACCGGAUUCAGUGGAGUCACCAAGCCAUUCUUUAUCUAAAAUUGCACGAACUGAUCCAUCAACCAAUGUUCACCAGCGCUCUAGUCGGAGAUCUGUAACAUAUGGAUCAGUGGCUUCUGAAAAAUCCAAUACGCAUUGUUCUUGUUAUUCAGAUAUCAAUGGAAAAAUCUAUUUCAAUCAGUCUUCUGUUAUUGUGGAUGAUGUACAAGUAAAUCAGGAUCAUACCAUACAUCUUAACGGAGGAGAUUAUUCAAUGAGUGUUAAAUCACCACCAAAUAUUCUUCAACAAGGCACCAAGAUAUUUAUUGUACCUCCGGCUAGUCCAUUAAAUGAAACAACUUUUGAAAGUCAAAUGAAUAACUUACCAUUUCAUCGAUCUGAGCAACCUAAUCAAAGUUCAUGUAAUAAUUUGAGUUCUACAUCUGGGUCCAAUCUCGAUAGUUCAAGCAUUCCACAAACAAAUUCAAGACGUAGUAAUCGACAAGUAGAUGGUUAUAAAUUCAAAUCGAUUUGGGUAAAGAAAAAUGUACAAGGUGGAUUUACAGAAGUUUGGUUACAAUCACCUGGUUCUUUUCUAAAAAAUGGAUUCACAAUUCAGGUCCUUGAAGAAUUAACCAUUGUUUUGAACCGAGCAACAAAUGAUACAAGUCGUUUAAUCAUGAUUUCUGGGACAGGAACUGUGUUUAGCUCCGGAAUAGACUUGACAACAAUUACGGGCGAUCUUUUAAGAAGUGCAUUUAUUGGUCCAUCUUCAUGUGAUUCAUCUCGCAGUUCAUCCUCAAGUUCAGCCAAUGUAUUCGCUUCACGUAAUUCAAAUCAUCAUAAAAUUGGAGCUGAUAAUUCAAAAUCACAUCAUUCUGAUAAUACAAAUUGUUCAUUUUCUCAAACUAACUAUGACUCAAAUUUAAAUUCAUCAUCUCACAGAAAUGCAAAUAGAGUUCAUUCAUUUUUCUGCUCACCAAAUGCUUCAAAUGUCGGACGUCUAGCGGCAGCUUUAAGGUCAUUUUUAUUGGCAUUAGUUUCAUUUCCUAAACCUGUUGUAGUUGGUGUAAAUGGUCCAGCAUUAGGACUGGCUGUUGCUAUAUUACCUUUGUGUGACAUUGUUUACAUAAGUGACUCAGCUACAUUUUAUAUGCCAUACACUCGACUUGGUCAAAUCCCUGAAGGAGCAUCAACUUACACUUUAAACAGUCUUGUUGGUAUGCCUUUGGUAAGUUGUAUGAAAUAUUUAUCUUUCAUAUGUAUCAAAUUUUGAUUUUAUUAUUCGUUACCUUAAUAUAAGAUAUAUGAAAUAACUUAUUGGAAUGCAAUGAAAAAAAACUGACAAAAUAAUCGCGAAUUUACAGUAUGUUGUUACUAUUUGCAUCAGACAGCGACAAAAUCAUUGUCUAUCAGAACUGAGAGUCUGUAAGAAAUGUUCUGUUUUAGUUAGUGAUAAAAGAACGAACUGUUAAUGCAAUUCGCCAAGUCCAUAUAUAUAUUCAUUGAUCUUCAUAUGAACUGUUAUAUGACGAAUUUUUGAACUAAAAUGAAUCUCAGUGUUUGAUAUUCGUUUGUUCAGAACAAAAUAAAUUUUAUAAACUAACUCAUUGUACCAAUGUUUGAGUCUUGUUUCUGUUGUUAUGGUUGUUGACCGACUCCCUAAGAUGAAGUAAGCGAAGCAGGUCUUAAUCUAUAACUCACUUAUUAGAAGUUAAAUGUUUUAAUCAUCAAUCCAUAAUAUAAUUAAAAUUCAGACAGUCUACGAAAUAAUAACAUUUUCAACAUUUAUUUUGCUUUAAUUCCGUGGUAAUUGAUUUUAUUUUUUCCGGUUCGAUUUCCGAAGUUGUUUUUAUUAAAAAACAUUCGUUUAUUCAUAUCGAAUAUUUCUCUUCAUAAAAAUUAUUGUACAGGCAAACGAACUAUUAUUAGCAGGUCGUAAAUUGUCCGCACGUGAAGCUUUACAACGAGGUUUAGCUUCUGAUCUUUUGUUCCCCAAAAGUUUUAAACAAGAACUACUUCUCCGUUGUCGAAAAUUAGCAGAAAAUUCGUGUAUGUCAUUGGAAAUCACUAAAUGUAUGAUGAAAAUGCAACAUCGUGAACGUAUUGAAUAUGUGAUUAAUGCCGAAUGUAAAAAACUAUUAGAAUGUUGGCAAACUGCAGAAUUUCGUUGUACAGCUAUGGAGUUCAUUUUAAAUGAAAUGGAUGAUUUUGUGUAAAUAUACUGUCUUGUUCUACUUUUCCGUAUUCAAUUAUCUCAUAUAUAACGCGAUAAAUUGUUAUUGUUACUAAAACAAUUAUUGUCAUCGUCAUAACUUAUUAUUCUAUGUUAAUAUAACGUUCUAUACAAUAAAGUUUAUGCAACCAUACACACUAGUGUUAUUACCGUGUAUGACAUUCCAUAUUCUUUCUUUUAUAUAUAAUCAUACAUAACAUGUAUCAGUUUUAUAUAAUCAUUAUUAUAAUAGAACCAUAUCUGUAUAUUUUUGUUUGGUCUUUCACAUUUUCUGCUUUUACGUUCUACUUCGUUUUCGAAACAGUAGUUCGCUUUUAAAACUAUCAUCCUGUUCACCCAUACUUCCUGUUUAUCUUGCCAUUCUAUCCCUUUUAAAUCAUUGAUGAUUUUAAUGAUUGUAAAAUUUACAUUUCUCUUCGUGUAUGUGUCUGGACGUGUACAUAUUUGUGUACUUUAUCUUCCACUAAUGUCGUUGAAAUGCAUGUUCAUAUAUAUAUAGUGCCUAGUCUAUUACUAAUAAUUUUUAUCUUCUCUCCGGUAGCUACUGUCAUAGUUGACAGUUGUAUCAUUUCCGUCUGGCUAUUUUUCUUCACCGAUCUAUCUUAUUUCAUUUCUGAAUGUCAACCUGUACUCAUUAUUACUAUUAUUAAAAUUGUUGUUACCCUUUUAAUCAAUCAAUGUUCUACAAUCUCUACACCUUUUUGACAAUCCAUUCGUUAUUUAAUGUUAAACACAAAGAAGCAGCUCAUGUUUUUUUUUCGUAUCUGUGUAUAUUUUGUUUAUUUGCAUGUGAUACGAGAAAAAUAUACUGUAGUUUACUUCCUUCCAUUAUUCCUUUUUUUGUAAAAGAAAACUGUAUUUUUUAAAAGAGAAGUGUUCAUCCAGUUUGUCAUAACUUUCCGUUCCAAUUCUGAAUUUUCAGGAUUUCAGUGGGUUUUUUUUACAUUGUAGAAUAAUAGGUUAGUUGGAUGGGUAAAAUCAAUUUUCUGGCAUUUUAUCGGUUAUCAUAGUUGUUACUGUUGGUCUUAACGAGGACUUUCCUGUAAAAAAAAUAAAUUUCUACCGUACCUGUAAAGG